AUGGCCACCAGCUCAAAUCCUGGAUGUAUUAUUCAGCUUGGAGUUCCAGUGUUUGAUGGUGAAGGAUAUGAACACUGGUGUAUAAAAAUGAAGACGUAUUUCAGAUCUCAAGAUCUGUGGGAUCUUGUAGAAAAAGGCUUUGUUGAGAGUGAUGCAAAGGAUGAGGAAGAAGCUAAGAUGAAAGAGAGCAAAAGGAAGGAUGCAAAGGAUGAGGAAGAAGCUAAGGCGAAGGAGAACAAGAAGAGGGAUGCAAAGGCUUUGUACAUCCUUCAACAAGCUGUACAUCCAGCUUUAUUUUCCAGAAUAUCUUCUGCAAAUACAGCUAAUGAGGCUUGGGAAAGAUUGAAAACACAAUUCUUAGGAAGCCCUAAGAUCAUGGCAGUGAAAAUUCAGUCACUGAGGCAAGUUUUUGAGAACCUGCAUAGGAAGGAAAAUGAAAGUGUACAAUUCUAUAUUUCAAGGGUGAAUGAUCUUGCAAAUCAGAUGAGAGGAUUAGGAGACACUAUGCCUGAACAGCUAGCUGUUGGAAAGAUUUUGAGAAGUUUGGGGCCUAAAUACAAUCAUUUGGUUGCAGCUAUAGGUGAAGCCAAAGAUCUCACUAAAUUAACCAUGGAUGAGUUAAGUGGUUCUCUCCAAGCACAUGAGUCUUUGAUGAUUAGUCAGGAUGAUAAAACUGAAAGUAAGCUCUUGCAGUGA